CCUCCAAAAAAUUGAGCCUCCCUCACCCGCAUAUAGAAACGUAAAUGCACUUGUUGAGGGCACCUACACAUAAAAACAUCAAUUACGCAACACACGUUACAUAUCCCAUACACCGGAGUGAGAGCAAUAAUUCUAAGCCCAUUAUUCAUGGACCCUGCAUUCACUAUAUCCGGUCUCCCCGGACCCUGCAUUCACUAUAUCUGGUCUCCCCGGACCCUACAUUCACUAUAUCCAGUCUCCACAGACCCUACAUUCACUAUAUCUGGUCUCCCCGGACCCUGCAUUCACUAUAUCUGGUCUCCCUGGACCCUGCAUUCACUAUAUCUGGUCUCCCCGGACCCUGCAUUCACUAUAUCCGGUGUCGCCGGACCCUGCAUUCACUAUAUCUGGUCUCCCCGGACCCUGCAUUCACUAUAUCCGGUCUC